GGAGGGCGUUUCGAAUGACGUCAGAGAUCAACGACCAAUCGCGACGCAGAGCGCCAAGUUCCUCUCGCGGCGUUCACAAACAUGUCGGAGAAAGACCCAGAGAUUGGAUUUAAAAAGGAAACCGUAAGCAAACUCUUGUCCAGUUUCUUCAAGGAGGACAAAACCAGACUAAGUGGUGAUGCUGUGCUGCUCAUGACAGAGAUGCUGAAGAUAUUUGUCCAAGAGGCUGCCGUGAGAUCACAAAAACAAGCCGAGUCUGAGGACUGCGACCAGGUGGACAUCGAGCACUUUGAAAAAAUCCUGCCUCAGCUGCUGCUGGACUUCUAGCACACGUGACGCCACAAGAUGGAGCCAGAGCGUUGCCCGCGUGUUCCUGCUCAAAUCCUACACUUUCAAUGCCCAAAAUGUUGAAUUUCGUCCGUGUAAUUUGCAAUGUCUUCAUUGUUGGAAUGCUAGGUAACAUAAAAAAUGUUCACCCUG